UUCUUGAGCAAGAUUGUGGCAAUAAUAGCGCCAAUAAUUGCACAUCAAAUAGAACAUAACUAUGAAGUGGAACACGACACUGAUGACUGCACAUGUCCUGAUGAUCGUUGUAUUAUGUCAUCGUCAAGUUUUUCAGUUGCACCAACACAUUGGAGUUCGUGCAGCAUUGACCAACUCAAUCUCGCUUUCCAUCAUGGAAUGGAUUAUUGUCUUAAAAAUAAACCAACAAAGAUAUUUGAAUCGCCAAUUUGUGGCAAUGGAUUCGUUGAAUUUGGUGAUGAAUGUGACUGUGGAUUGCCACAAUUUUGUAACAAUUCUUGUUGCAAUCCUUACUCUUGCAUGUUGUAUUCAAAUGCAACAUGUGCAACGGGAAGUUGUUGUGACUUGUAUGAUUUCACGACUCAAAUUUUAAAAGUGUUGAAACUUUCUUUCAAUUUAUGUGUGCCUUAUUGCCCUUUCAGAUCCUCAACCACU